AUGGCCUCUCGUCAAGGCCGGGCCGCCCGGCGCUAUUCUGCACGGCUGCUGGAGCUCGUAUUCAAGGAGAUCAUGUACAUCGAGGGCACAGCCUGGGUCUCGCUGCAGGCGACACACGCACUCUACAGCAUCGAUACAGUCGGGCGCCGUAUGCUGCAGGAGAUUCUCGUUUUCCUCGACGCUCCCAUCGACGAAGAUACCCCCGCCGACGUAUUGUGUCCGAUACAACAUGAGGGGGGGGCACUCAGGUACGGGGAGCAUGAUAAUACCACGAAGGGUCUGUAUUUCCUGCAACUGGCGCCGCUGAAGAAGUUCACAAACGAAAUGGGCCAUUUCAUCUGCGGCAAGGUGGGAAUGAGUGAAUGA